AGUUGAUGACCGUUCGGCGCGUGGGUGCAGAAUAAGAUUUUUGCUCAGUCGGUAAUCGUCGCGCGUUGAGAAAAGACGGUCGCAGUUAUCGGACGUCGUUUUGGACGGACAGAGAAAGAGCUUCCAGUUAUAUCAGAAGAAUAAAUCUUCAGCACCACGAUGUCGCGAGCAGUGUUGAGGGAUUCGCCCAACGCUGGGAUCGAUAAGACCCUCCUGAAUCGGUACCUGGACCUUCCCAUGCCUGAGAACACAAUCCAGGCAAAGUACAUCUGGAUCGAUGGUACCGGCGAGGGACUACGAAGCAAGACUCGCACCGUCGAUUUUAUCCCGAAGGACCCCAAGGAGUUGCCAAUUUGGACGUACGACGGUAGUUCAACGUACCAAGCGGACGGUGCCAACAGUGACAUUUACCUGACCCCGGUGGCGAUCUAUCGCGACCCCUUCCGAAGAGGCGACAACAAGCUGGUCCUCUGCGAGACUUACAAGCCGGACAAGACACCGACGGAAAGUAACAAGCGGUUCGCCGCCAUGCAAUCGAUGGAAGCCGUGAAGGAUCAGGAGCCGUGGUUCGGUAUCGAGCAGGAGUACACCUUCCUCGACUUCGACAACAGGCCGUUGGGCUGGCCGAAGAACGGUUACCCCGGACCCCAGGGACCGUACUACUGCGGUGUCGGUGCGGACCGAGUGAUCGGGCGGGAAAUCGUCGAGGCUCAUUACAGAGCGUGUCUUUACGCCGGGGUGAAGAUCGCCGGAACAAACGCCGAGGUGAUGCCCUCGCAGUGGGAGUUCCAGGUCGGUCCCUGCGUCGGGAUAUCGGGGGGAGACGACCUUUGGAUGGCGCGGUUCAUCCUCCACCGCAUCGCCGAGGAGUACGGCGUGAUCGCGACCCUCGACCCGAAACCCGUCGAUGGAGCGUGGAACGGCGCUGGUGCCCACACCAAUUUCUCGACGAAGACGAUGCGCGCCGAUGGCGGAAUCGCCGAGAUCGAGAGGGCCAUCGACCGCCUCAGCAAGAAGCACCUCAGGCACAUCCAGGCCUACGAUCCACGCGGAGGAAAGGACAACGAGCGCCGUUUAACCGGAAAGUGCGAGACCAGCAGUAUCCACGACUUCAGCGCCGGCGUCGCGAACAGGAACGUCAGUAUUCGUAUACCUCGCGGCGUCGCCGAGGACAAGAAAGGGUACUUGGAGGACAGGAGGCCCAGUAGUAACUGUGAUCCUUAUUCCGUCAUCGACGCCCUUGUUCGCACUUGCGUUCUAAACGAGUAAUCGGACUUGGUGUAUAAAUUGUACAAUACGGGGGGGGGGGGGGGGGGGGGGGGUCGACGAUUUAUCAUUGGGAAUGGAAAUGUAGCGCUGUGACAUCUGGUGGCGAAAAAAUACGUUAACCUAAUUUCGGGGCCCGUAUUUAAUUUUUAAUGAGCACUUUUAUAGUAUUUUUUACAGGUUUACAGGCUGCAUGUGAAAAAACUAAAGCCUCGCAAAUUGCAUCAAGUUGUCUGUAUAUGUUUUCUAUUCGCAUAAUUGACAUAAAAUAUUUUGCCGAUAGUUCGGUUCUCGUCGCCAUAUUGCUUUAUAGCUACACCUCCACGUUCGUUCCCGGAAUAAUCAUAGAAAGCCAGUUGAAGUUUACAUGAAUAAUUUUUCGUUAAUUCGUUUCACAUCCUCUAGCACCUGUCUUAGAGAAGGGUUAUGAACUAAUCAAGAGGAAUUAAUAUCACUAUUUUAUAGAUCUUUGACCAGCAGGAUUGACGGGAUUAUUUUUAUUGCGCCCAUAUCGUAACGUAGUUCAACUGUCUUGGCUGAGGUCCAUUCGCCUGAAGAAUCUUUGAACUGCGCAUAUCAAUUGACGCGUAGGGCUUGAAGUAAAAUGCUAAAGUGAAAGUCAGCAGUUGUGCCCACGUCCAACUUACGUGACCAUGAAAUACACGAACCUGGCGUCAGACACGCGUGUAAUACCCUUACAUAAUUCACAAAUUUGAGUCAAUAUUGAAUAUAGGAUAUGUGUAUACAAUAAUAAGACGCGUUGAUACUAACAAAAGAGUUAAUUACGCCCAACUAACGUUAACGUGAAAUCCUAUUAAACCUCUCGGCCGCGCACGCGAAAUGUAAGAAUAUAGAUAAUAAAAAUUGAUAAUACAAUGUAUAUGCGCCAGCGCACCAGCGUCAUACAAUUGGCAACAAUAAUAUUCUAUUUUAAUAUGAUAUUGAGAUAUUAUAUAUAAUUAUGUACGUAAUCGUUGUAAUAUGUAUAUUAUAUUAUAAUAUAUUAUAUAUACUUUCCUAUUUGUAUAAACAUAUUUUCUAUAUCAACGUUGUAGAUACGAAUCAUUAUACUAUUACUAUAUUAUAAAUAUUAUAUACACGAUAAAGAUAAUAAUUACUAUGUUUAGGAGGAGGUUCGCGCUACCGACUGGGGCCGGAUACCCGCUUGUUAUGUUAUCUAUUAAACAAAUAUAUGAGCAAAAAAGAA